AUGUAUAUAUGGACGUGCUUGGAAAAAGAACGAUCAAAUCAAGAGCUCCUUGCUAUUACAUUGGAGAUCCUUGUAGCAGUUCUCAGCAGUGACGACGAGAGCACAGACGAUGACGAACUUGGUGAACGCUUAGCUGAGGUUAUGCUGAAGAAACCGGUUUUCAUCCCGUCGCUCUUAGCUGCCGUUGAUGAUUAUGAUAUAACUGUUCGCCGAGUAGGAAUACAAUUACUAACAUCACUGCUUCGUCAUCGUGGUCCAGAAGUACAGGCAGCAGUGAUGGCCCAACCUACAGGUGUUCCUCACCUCGUGGAUAUUGUUCACGACCGACGCGAAGUAGUUCGAAAUGAAGCCGUUUUGAUGCUAUGUGAGCUAAGCAGAUCGAAUUCGCAGAUUCAACAGUUACUAGCGUAUGAAAAUGCUUUUGUUCAUUUGUUGGAUAUCAUCGAUACGGAACCGCUCGACAGUAUUAUUAUCGAAGAUUGU